UAAUCAUAAUUUGAAAUAAAAAGUCUUCCUUUUAUAAGUAUGUUAUUAAUGGCCCAUUUAAGUACAAAACGUUUGGGUCCAUACUCCUGCUGCACAAAGUCGUCCUUCUGUCCUAGUUCACACAAUAAAGCCUAAAAUGGUCAUCUUCUUAUCACAUUUCUAUAUAUUCAUUCAAUCCCUCGCUCUCUUUUCUAUGUGUAUAUCAAGCUCUAUAUAUACCCCGACCCUUUGCAUAUAGUUCUAGUACAAAAACACAGAGAGAAAUGGCCGGAUCAUAUAAAGCCCUCUUCUUCUUAGCUCUUGUCCUGUGCUCUACUUUAGUAGUUUAUGCAGCAAGACCAGAACCAGCUUUUUCAGCAGCGAAGUCUGCGAAAACCGAACUCAAGGGUGUUGAAACAGAACAGGUUGAUGAAGUUGAGAGCUGUGAAGGAGUUGGAGAGGAGGAGUGCUUGAUGAGAAGAACUCUGGCUGCUCAUGUCGAUUACAUCUAUACACAGAAGCAUAAUCCCUGAACAACGUUUGUUAACCAUAUGUAUUGUGAUUAUCUGUUGAUUAUAUAUGAAUUACUUGUUAGCAAUAAAAAGAAAUGUUCAGCAGCAGUUUGCUGAUAAUAUAUAAUCAAGUUUCCCGUGCU